UAGUCUCUUAAUAUCCAGUCAGUUUCCACUCGGGAAUUAUUUGCGGUGCCAGAUUUGCGGAAGACACCAAAGAAGAUACGCCAGUGUGUCGUCAGUUCUGGCCUGGACUAUUGUGUGGCUGUCGGUAUCUGGAAUGUAAAUUUCUAUUCCCCGGUACUCCAGAGAUUACCAUGGCAACAAUCGUUAUGGAGCAGAUUGGCCGACUCUUCAUUAAUCUGCAGCAGUUGAGGCGAGUUCCCCAGAUGCUCUCCGAGGCCCUGCCUUCCAAGACCGACACCCUGUGUGACACGGAGGUGCCACAAUUUUUCCGUGAGCGCUACAUUUACUCUGGCUACAGGGCGCUCCACCGGAACUGGCGCUUCUACUUCCUGUCGCUCUUACAGCGGCACAACGAGACUGUAAAUGUCUGGACGCACCUAGUCGGAGCACUAGUGGUCCUCAUAAAAACUGUCCAGUUAUCGGAGACCGUAGAUUUCAUGAACGAUCCUCAUUCCUGGCCACUUCUCAUCCUUCUCUUGUCGUCAACAGUCUACAUGACCUUUAGCGCCGUGGCCCACCUGUUGGCAGGAAAAUCGGAACUCUGCCAUUACGCCUUCUUUUACCUGGAUUAUGUAGGUGUGUCGCUGUAUCAGUAUGGAAGCGCAGUGGCACACUACUACUACGCUAUUGAAGAAAGUUGGCAUGCAUGUGUCCGAGGAUUUUUCAUGCCUAUUGCUAGCUUCUUGUGUUGCCUGUCUUGCUUCGGCUGCUGUUACGGGAAGUAUCGCAAUUACAGCCUUCCUCCAUGGGUUCGUAAAAUAGGCCAAGUGGUGCCUUCAGCCGUAGCCUACAGUUGGGACACCAGUCCUGUGUUCCAUCGUUUUAUCACCUGGUUUCCUUCCUGGUCAAGAGGCGAUUCCAGAAGCAGCCCUGCUCUGCUCUUUCACUUUGGCCAAGUGGCUUUCUUUCUUUCCAGUGCUUUUUUCUUCACUCAGCCUGUUCCCGAGCGCUGGUUCCCAGGUCACUGUGACUUCUUAGGUCAGGGUCAUCAAGUGUUUCAUGUGCUGCUUGCUCUGUGUACAGUCUGCCAGAUCCACGCUUCAUUUUUGGACUACCUCAACCGCAGAGACUUCUAUGUGAAUCUCCAUGCUGAUGGCGAGGCAUCGCUCUUUUUUUCGCUCUUUAUUUUAACAUUUGUCAUGUCUGCUCUAAUAGCCUUGUUUAUGUUGGAGAAAGUAAAAAGAUUGGUCGACUACAGGGGGAAAACUAAGUAAAGAAUAGGAAUAGUUAGGUUUAGAAUAAUACAAAAAAAAUGUCAAGGCGCUGUCAAGGAGCAUUACUGUUAUGAUGGAAACAAGGGCAUUUUCUGAUGACAAGGUUUAUGUAAGAAAGAACAUAUAGCUAUUAGCUAACAGUGAUUCUGCGCGUGCCUGGAUCAAUAUUUUUUGGUUCUGUAACAACAUUCCUAUCAACUAAUCAGAAGUGUUAAAGUUAGGGAUCAUGCUUUCAUGACCGAUGCCAAACUGUGCGGACAAUCACCAGAUUACAGUAUGUCACUUCUCAGAUGUUCCACGACCUGACAAACAACGAUUGAACUUGUUCAAUUGGUGAAAAUAAGU